AUGCCGUUGUCGAAUCGUCGGCGUGCGCGCCGGAAGGAGAUUCAACUUCAGGAAACAUCCGAUGCAGAGGCACCGGACUCAUCGCCUAGUCGUCCGUCUGCGAAGAAGCGCAAGGUUGAUCGCCGCGCCUCACCUUCUCGAACUGCCAUCAAAGCGGCACCCGAAUCCGACGAUGACGAAGACUCCGCUGGCGAUCAUGAUCCGUCAACCCAUCAGGAUGUGGUCGACCUGGUGAUCUCAUACCUAAACACCCCGCGCGAAGAACUGCGCGUCACGCGCGAUUACUCCAACAACAAGAACGAAAACAAACAGAGUAUUCAAGCCUAUGCGAAAAUCGCCGGCCGCGACUGGACCUAUUACGUCAAAUCACUGCAUGUCAACAUCGGUCGCGAGCCGGACCGCGAGCAACAUCCCACUGAACAGUCCAGUCCGGUCACCAUUGCCGCUCGUUCGCUCCCGGAUGUCGAUGUGGAUUUAGGUCCGAGCAAAUUCGUGUCGCGGCUUCAUGCGGAGAUCUUCUAUGAUGGGAAACAGGCGCCGGCCUGGCAUAUUCGGGUGAAUGGUCGCAAUGGUGUUCGUCACAACAACGCGAUUCUCAAGCGGGGAGUCGAUGCGGUUUUGAAGUGUGGCGAUAUCAUUGAAGUUGCCAAUACACAGAUGAUGUUUGUGACGCCGGGUGAUGUCCCCAACAUUUACCCUCCCUUUAUCGAGCGCGCGCAGCGCAUUGCGAGUGGCCUUGAGCCGGAUCCGGCUUCCGUGGCUUGGGAUGCGUCGCAGCACUCUCACCCCCAAGCCUCACAGGCAACCGAGUCAGCCCGUCCUUCUUCAUCUGGUGGGCCUUCAUUGGCGCCUGCGCCGAACUUCCUCAAGCGCCAGGUUACGCCGCCUCCCCGGUCCCCGGAUACGGCGGGCGCGCGGACGGUCAAGCAGUCUCCGCUUUACAACCGAGGUAUGAUGAUGGAGAGUACCGAAGAGAUCGAUUACAGUCUAGAUGCGGCCAAGGAUCUCAAGCCGCCGUACAGUUAUGCCUCAUUGAUCGCGCAGGCUAUCUUCUCUAGCGAGGAGGAGAAGCUUACUCUCAAUAGCAUUUACAAUUGGAUCAUGGACCGAUAUGCUUUCUAUCGACACUCCCAGAGCGGUUGGCAAAAUUCCAUUCGUCACAACCUUUCAUUGAACAAGGCUUUCCAGAAAGUUCCUCGUCGUACUGAUGAGCCGGGCAAGGGAAUGAAAUGGCAGAUUGCCGCAGAAUAUCGUGACGAGUACCGAAAGAAACAAGCACGAAAGGGUAACCAGUCAUCGGCCCCGUCAUCGCCAGCAACCAAAGAGCCUCCUUCAUCAGCCCGUGCCGCUCAUAUCCCCUCAAUCGACACUUCAUUCCCCGCCACAGCUAAAAAGUCCCCACCCGUCUCAUCCCCGGGCUUCAGCUCAUUCUCCGUCGCGCCUGUAGAGGCCUUCACUCCAGAGCGUGGUUCUCGCGCUGGCCGUGGUCUCGGCUCCGACCACCCAUUGCGCCACAUGAACCCGCAAGGCUACGAGGAACCAUCACCUCUACCGGCUCGCACACGUAAUAGUACAUCAACGCAGGCGCCCAACACAAAUAACAACCUCAGCCAAGCAUACGGACUCUCGGACAAUGUAGCCGGGUCCCCACCAGUGCUCUCUUCAUCAUACUACGAUGACGGCCCUUCAUCAAUGAUCACACCCGCCCCUCAACGACAACAACCCCGCCUUCCUCCCCCAAGCACAGCACAGAUUCCCUCAAAGUUCAUGCCCAUGAGCUCACCCGCUCAGUUCUGGAAGUUUGCCGAUAUUGGCAGUACACCCGCACGCCCGGUUCCGGAUAUGAGUCCGCUGAAGGGCGAGCCCGAGGAUCGGAUCAUUGGCGGGUUUCCGAGUAGCAGCCCGCCUCCCCCGAACCUGGCUAGUCCCAGCAAGCCGGGUACGUCGAAUGGACUCGGUUCUAGCAGGACAUUGCCACCGCUGCAAUCUGAUGCUGGGGAUAUGGGUCCGGCACGGAAAGAAGAGGAGGAAGAGGAUGAUAAUGGCUUUGAUCUUGCUCGUGGAUUCCAACCUAUCGGUUCAUACCACCGACAGUUGAGCAAUGCCGCACGCGCCACAGCAACCUAG